AUGGAUGUGGAGUUGCAGAAUAUCAAGAAAUGGGUAGUCCUUUACCCAAUUUACAUUAACUCGAAGAAAACCCUUGCCGAGGGUCGCCGGAUCAAUGCCGGAAAAGCAUGCGAAAACCCUACCUGCACUGAGAUUUACGAUUGCUGUGUCAACCUCAAGCUGCCCUGCGCGAUUGAGACUGAGAAGGCUUACCCCAGGGAUUUUAUGCAAAGGGGGAGAGUUAGGGUUCUGUUAAAAAGGGAAGAUGGGAGCCUCUGCAAUCCUACCGUUUCUUCGAGAAAACAACUAAUGCUUCAUGUUGCGGAGUUGGUGCCUCGACAUCGGGGCCGAACCAAGAAGCAAGAGGCUGCCUCGUCCGCAGCUGGUGCUUCCAAAUCCGGCAAGGGUGGAAAGAAGAGGAGAUAG